GGACCACCUAAAUCGACUCGCCUAAUAUUCCGCCUCAAUUAGUGUCUGUUUGUCGGCGCUGAAGUUCGUGUGUGGCCUGGUGCGCGUUCAACACUUAGCUACUGUGUGUUUUGUUUGCCGAGAAGAGAUCAUGCCAUCGCUGGACCGAUUCCGUUUUCUGCUCACGGAUUUAUUAUGAUAUGUAUGCCAAGAUGGAGAUCCACAAUACCAAUUCGAUGAUGAGAAACAUUGAUCGGGAGCCAAUCAAGCUAAAAUUUGGCAUCGAUCGGCUACUCUCGAAUGACAAUGAGGAUCAAGAGGAUGAGGAGAAAAACGUUUCGAGUAAAAGCCUUCCCAUCUCCAAGCCACUGGCUCAGAUGGCAGUUCCUUGCUCAGGCUGCGUAUCAUCCUUAUUUAGAUGCUGCAGCAGAUUGAAUUCUGCUGGUGGGUGCCAAUCAGAUAUGCUGUCUGGAAUACCGGGUUUCUUCAGCAGCCAUUCUUACAAUGUCUCACGCAACGAUUCUGUAUAUAGCAUGCAACCUAUUAAGCCAUUCGCCACCCGACCAA